AGCUACUCCACCCCAGUCUGGCCCCCGUGGCCCAUCCCUGCCUGGCUGCUGGAAGAAGGAUGAGCAGGGACUGCAGCUGCAGACAAGAGACCCCCUAGGAACCACACUCUUCUGUAAGUACCUGGUCUGCGCACAACUCAAGCCGGAGCAAUGGCAUCAUCUCUGGAAGAAUUCAUCCAUUCACUCGACCUCAGGACCCUCCCCAGGGUCUUGGAAAUCCAGUCUGGCAUCUACUUUGAAGGCUCUAUUUAUGAAAUGUUUGGAAAUGAAUGCUGUUUGUCCACGGGAGAAGUGAUUAAAAUUACUGGACUCAAAAUCAAGAAGAUCAUAGCCGAAAUUUGUGAGCAUGUGGAAAGUUGUGAGUCUCCACAACCGUUUGAACUGCCUAUGAAUUUUCCAGGUCUUUUUAAGAUUGUGGCUGAUAAAACUCCGUACCUUACUAUGGAAGAAAUUACAAGGACCAUUCAUAUUGGAGCAAGUAGACUAGGGCAUCCUUGCUUCUAUCAUCAGAAGGAUAUAAAACUAGAGAAUCUCAUCAUAAAGCAAGGGGAGCAAAUUGUACUCAACUCAGUUGAAGAGCUCGAUGGAGAAAUAAGGGUGAACUGUGGAAUAGUAAGGAACCAUCAAAAUCACUCAUUUACCCUGCCUUUGUCACAAGAAGGAGAAUUCUAUGAGUGUGAAGAUGAACAUAUUUAUACCCUGAAGGAGAUUGUUGAAUGGAAGAUUCCCAAGAACAGAACACGAACUGUGAAACUUACAGAUUUUUCAAAUAAGUGGAACUCAAUAAAUCCAUUUCCUAAAGACUUUGAUGGUAAUCUGAUUCUCAAGCCUGUUUAUGAAAUUCAAGGUGUGAUGAAAUUUCGAAAGGAUAUCGUUCGCAUUCUCCCCAGUUUAGAUGUUGAAGUCAAAGACAUUACCGACUCCUAUGACGCUAACUGGUUUCUUCAGCUGUUAUCUGCAGAAGAUCUUUUAGAAAUGAACAGUAAAGAGUUCCCCAUAGUGGCUGAAGUCAUAGAAGCUCCUCAAGGAAACCAGCUGCUCACAAGCAUUUUGCAGCCUGGGAAAACCAUCGUGGUUCAUAAAAAGUUCCAGGCAUCGAGGAUCUUAGCCUCGGAAAUUAGAAGCCAUUUUCCUAAAAGACACUUCUUGAUCCCCACUAGCUACAAAGGCAAAUUCAAGCGGCGACCUCGAGAGUUCCCAACAGCCUAUGACCUAGAGAUAGCUAAGAGUGAAAAGGAGCCGCUUCAUGUGGUAGCCACCAAAGCCUUUCGUCCCCCUCCUGGUGAGCUGUCAUCUGUGUCUGUCGGGGACCAGUUUCUAGUGCAUCACUCAGAGACCACUGAAGUCCUAUGUGAGGGAAUAAAAAAACUGGUGAAUGUUCUGGCCUGUGAAAAAAUCCUCAAAAAAUCCUAUGAGCCAGCCCUGCUCCCUUUGUACAUGGAAGGAGGUUUUGUGGAGGUGAUUCAUGAUAAGAGACAGUACCAGAUCUCUGAGCUCUGUAAACAGUUUCGCUUGCCGUUCAACGUCAAGGUGUCUGUGAGAGAUCUUUCCAUCCAAGAGGACAUUUUGGCUGCUACGCCGGGACUGCAGUUGGAGGAGGACAUCACAGACUCUUACCUGCUUGUGAGUGACUUUGCCAACCCUAGGGAGUGCUGGGAAAUCCCUGUUGGUCGCCUGAAUCUGACCGUUCAGUUAGUUAGCCACAUGUCUGGGGAUACAGGAUCAUGUCUAGUGAGAACCCUGGUGGAAGAGAUCACGGAAGAACAGUAUUACAUGAUGCGGAGAUACGAAAGCUCUGACUUACAUCCCCCGCCUCGACCUCCCAAACAUCCCGCAGCGGAGGACAAAAAGUUAACCCUGAAAACCUCAGCAAAAGAAAGGACAGCAGCUCUGCCUAAAUCUCCCAAGAGUCACCAUGUAGACAUAUCCAAGAAAAUUCACUCAAAUCAAGCUGGCGUGGAUUCAGAAGCACCAGUUGGUUGUCAGAAUGAUUUGGCUGAUGUGGAGAGGGAGAGGAUAAACCAUGGGGCCAGUGCAGUAGCGGACACCGAUGUGACCACAGAAAUAUCCCAAAAUGAAAAACAUCAAAAAUAACAAGAUGCGAUGGGAGCCACUUGAGCAGUGAACAUAAAAGUUGCCUUGGAAAAGGAAGCCUAGCC